AUGACUUCAGCUUCCUCACCCCUCCGGGGACUUGCUCUUGGGGUACAAUCGUCUGACGAAACCUCCACGAACCAGUCUCCAUCCUCACAAGAUUACACCACAAAGUCUCCAUCAACACCCGAGGGCUCGGGCUCGGGCUCAGACUCGGAAUCAAUGCCAUCGCUGCCAAAAUCCCCAACAACUGAGAUCUCGGGCCCGGGCUUGUGCUCGAGGUCGGGUUCAAUACUAUGGCAGAAAAGACCUAGAAGGUCUGAGAUCUCGGAAUCGGGAUUGGAACUCCUCCAAGCGCUGCAAAAAUAUCAAAUGGCUGAGGUCUCAAGCUCGGGCUCCGGCCUGGGCUCGGGAUCGGAAUCAAUGCCAUCGCCGAAAAGAGCCAGAUCGUCUGAGGGCUCGGGCUCGGGCUCGGAAUCGGAAUCAAUGCCAUCGCCGAAAAGAGCCAGAACGUCUGAGGGCUCGGGCUCGGGCUCGAGCUCGGAAUCAAUGCCAUCAUCGAAAAGAGCCAGAUCGUCGGAGGGCUCGGGCUCGGGCUCGGAAUCGGAAUCGGAAUCAAUGCCAUCGCCGAAAAGAGCCAGAACGUCUGAGGGCUCGGGCUCGGACUCGGACUCAGUGCCAUCGCCGCCAAAAUCCACAACCCCGUCCGGCUCACCAGGCUCCUCCCCGCCGCUCCCCCCGCCGGACUCAGUUCCAUCGCCGCCAAAAUCCACAACCCCGUCCGGCUCACCAGGCUCCUCCCCGCCGCUCUCCCCGUCUCGGCCGUCAGUGUCCCCACUCUCAUAUGGAGGGGAUACUACUAGCUCAGGCACGGACACGGAGGCCACGCCCCGAAAUUUCGCCUUGAAGGAUAUCAAUGAGAUCCCCGCUGCAAUCUAUAUCCUCUCCGAGUUCCCGAAAACGGUGCCCGUCUACAACCAGUCCCGCGCCGAGUACUCCUCCUUCUUCCUCUGGACCGCCCGCAUUGGCAACUGCGCCGCCGUCAAAUACCUCAUCGAGGAAGGCGCCGCAGACGCCAUGGAGCACAACACGUUCCCCCGCGGUGCCGACCGCACCGCCCUCCACUACUCCGCCCUCUAUGGUCACCUCGCCCAGCUGAACUACCUGCUAGAGUACCUGCACGGAGACGGCAUCGAAGUGGACUACGUCCAAGACUGCCACGGAUUCACGGCCCUGCACCUGGCGUGCAUCAAACCUGCCAUCGAAACCAUCCGCCUGCUGCUCGGACACCCCUGCGGUAACAGCCCCAACAUCCUCUCCAACGACUUAUCUACGGCGCUACACAUCGCUGCGAAAUGCGCCGACGAGGACACCGUCGAGCUGUUCAUCGAGUACGGCGCGGACCCCAACCUGGUCAACUCGGCCGGCUACACACCGCUCAUGAUCGCCGCCGAGCACGGGAAUGGCAAGGCCAUCGUGAAGCUCGCCGAGAGCGAACUGGACCUCGACCACCAGAGCACGUUCAGCGGGGACACGGCGCUGCACUUCGCGGUGCGCGGCGGGUACCUGCAGGAGGUUAAGUAUCUGCUGCGCAUGGGGGCCGAUUGCCAUGUUGUCAACUUCUUCUCAAAGACCGUGUUGGACUAUACCCUGGAGGAUAUGCCGCUGCUACAGAGGGAGAAGGAGAGCUGUAAGAAAAUUAUGGAGAUCCUUAAGGCGCUGGCGAACGAUUCGCCGGAUAAGUGGGCACUGAUCAACCAUGAGGAUGAUAUGGUUGGGUGGGUGCCGCCGAUGUCGCCGUAUGAUCCACAACUCAUUGAGCAGCCUAAGGGAUGGAAGAGGAUUCAUGAGGCGCUUGGGGAGGAGUGGGAGGCGGAUAUCUGGUAG